UGUUAGAGACAGCCAACAGUGCAGCGAAAGGCAAGACGGGUGAAAAAGAGAAGCCCGUCUUGCUUUCGAAAAGGGAAAAAUAUACGCUAACGGAGCUUCGUCGUACGUCUUCGCUUUACACCCGGCCAUGCCAACGACACAGCGAUGUAUUAUUACUGCAAUCGGAAUAAAAUGAGCAUUAGUGCAAUCGGGCCUGGAGUGGAGAGUUGUGGGGCCGGGUGUCCGCAUAGCGCCAGCCGCUGCUGCGGGGGAGGAGGCUGCGGUGAGACCGUCAGUGGUGACGGAAGCUCGGCCGCUGCGGCUACAGCCACCAGCGCUGCCCCAGUGCAGAGCUCAGACCGGGAGAGCAGCGUAGCCGAGGCCCAGGCGUUCCGCGAAUGGGACUGUGCCACCUCCGUCGAUGCGGAUCUGGGCAAGAAAAUGAACGAAGAGGGAUUUUUCACCAACGGCGCUGCUUAUAUCACACGGGAGGGAGACGAAUGCGCGGAUUCAAGGGAAUACGACGGAGGACGCGGGCGUUUUUGUAGACAAAGCGCUGGUGCGAGCGAGGAUAACAGCAUUAAUAUUGAUCACAACGGAGCUGGUUUGCGGUGUUUCAUGAGCGCGACCACACGGAGGGACGAACGCAGAGCGAGUGCGAGACUGCCGCCGGUGCGCACAGCAAGAGUCCGACGAGGAUACGCGGCGCACACCGAGACCGAGCGCGCGAUGAUGACAGUCGCUGCAAGGUGUGGUCACGGGAACUCCGAGCCCGCGGUCAUCAAGCGUCGGGGAUGCAGUUUCAACCGAACCUCCAAGAGGGUGUGUUUCUCGGGAACGUAUUGCGGCAGCUCGGACGCCGCUGCCGGCGUUGGUUCCAACGGCGAAGCUCCCGUGAAGAGCUCACCGAGCACUGCCGAGACUGUCAGGCGUACGUCCUUACGUCGCAUCCAAUGCGAGAACACGGCUGGAGCUCAGAAAAUGACUUUAGCAUCGUGCGUGCCCGAAGAAAAUACCAAGCUGCCCACAUGCAGGACAGCGAAGGGGCGCGUCAGACUGUAUAGGGUACGCUCCUUUCUUGCCAGCUCUGCCAACCAUAACAACGGGGUCAGCGGAAACGGUGCCCCUCACGAUAGCCUCCCACCACAACUCUCCCUCCAGGCCCCUAAACCCGAGUAUGACCUACGUGAUUGCGUAAAAAAGACCCUGUCCGCCCACUCCAUCAGAUCCUCUUAUUCCGAGAGUGGGCCUCCUAAUGGGACAGAGCCAGAACCACAGACGUGUGGCAGUGCAGGUGUGGGCAUUGAUGCAGAGAGAACUGAGGGGCCCAGCACGGAGCACAUAGAGGCGGUGAGGGGUGAAGCCGAACGCAGGCAGGCAGAGCUAGAGGGUCGUACUGACCACCUCUGGAGGCGCCUGCAGGCCGUACAGGUGAAGCAAGUGGAGAGGCAUGUGACACAGCAGCUGAGUGGCCUAUACAGGAGACCGGGGUUGAGCUGCACCAGGAGGCCAAGUACUGUUUCCAGAAAGUCGACUGAGCUGAGCAGGCUCGCCCGCAGCUGUAGCGAGAUCCUCCGGACUGCGGAAAGCGCUCUGGACUCUGACCACACGGCUAGCAGCUCUGGAGGAGGUAGCGACAGCGAGGAAGACGAGGGAUUGGAGAGAGGAGGACAUCGCUUUAGGCCGUCGAUAAAAUCAAUAGUCACUGGCAAAGAAUGGCAGUGGGCGGAGAGCAGGGCUUGGCUUGGUAGCAGGUGGGUGUGGCUGCAGACUCAAGUAUCGGAGCUGGAGUAUCGAAUCCGUGCACUGACAGAGCUUUACACACAUCUUCGACAGGGAAAGGUGCGGUCUCCUUACACUGUGCCUGAAACACCCCUCAGAGCAUCAAAUCCCUCCCCUACAUCGCACAACUGCAAGAAGUGGCAGACCCAAGGCACCAUAACCCCGCAAACACUGCCCAGUCCACCUUCUUCUGCUGCACGGGUUCGACCGUUGCUCCGGCAACGACGUCACAGGCUCAUUCGCCUGGAAGAUUGUGCAGCCCUAGGGUCAAAGGCAGUUUCGUUGCAGUGCUGGUGUGAAGCUCCAGUUGUGUGUGUGUUGUGUGGUGGUGCUCCUCCUCGCUCACCCUCAGAGGAGGAGAAGGGGCUGUGGCAUCAGACCUGGCUUGAUAUGUCCGUUCACCCUGUCCUCUCAAUGCCAUCAGAUUCACCUCUUUCAUUGCACUGUGGGAUCCACCCGCUGGCCGGGCAUCAUUCUCAUAAUUCACUGCAGUGGACAGACCUGUCUUCGGCAUCCUCUUGGCUGGGGAGGCGGGGCCAGGGACGAGUUGGGAGAGUGAGGAGGAGACUAGUUUGUCCCCGUCCCCCCAAUGCACUGCCUCCUUUAUUUAACACAUCUGGUGGUUCGGGGUGCAGAAGCCAGAGAAACAUGAUUAUUCCCAAUUAUCUUCAUCCACGGACUCCAGAUUUGCCAAUUCUGCCGGCAGCAUCCCCAACAACAGACACGCCUGCUCAGCCUUUAAGAAGAAGAAGACUUGAAAGCUCAUUUGACAUCGACAACCUGGUGAUGCCUUUGGGCCUGGCUGGACUAGGAGCACGAGUACAGAGAUUGCAAUACAAGGAAAUUAUCACCCCAAGCUGGAGAGAGCUGGACUCUCUCACGGGGGUCUCUAAGAAUCAGGUGGGCCUACAUACCCAAUCAUUGGAUUACAAUAAUAUACAGCACCAGCCCAAUGGGGAAGGACUGGAAAGUGAGGAAGAGGAGGAGGAGGUGGAGGAUCUCUCAGACACUGUGUUUCUGAGCCGUCAUGCAGUGUGUGAGAGCAGAGAGAGGAGCCGGUGGGGAAGUUGGGCUCGCAGACGGCGCCGGGGCAGAUCGUCUUCCUCCUACCAAGGGGACGGGAAGAGCUCCAGGGGAUUGGACCAGACACCUGGCUCUCCAGAUUCCAGGCCUUUUGCUGAAGGAGACGUCUCGCCAUGCAGCCCCUUCUGUACUGGAGCAGAGGAUGCCUUCAGCCAGGCUGAGGAUGAACAGCAGGCUGUGCUGCCAUGGGAACGCCGGUCGUUUCCCUUGGAGGAGUCAGAACUUCAGUGGCUGCAGGAGGAGGAAGAGGCGGAGCCUGACGAGGACCCGUGCACCGCCAGUGGCCGCAGCCAAAGCACGGACUCUGGCAUCUCUGUGGGCAGCCUGGAGCUCUCCCCGAGGACCCCUCAGCAGCACUCAGGCACAGAGCAAGCCACCCCUCACACACUAUCCUGCAAACCAGCCACCCAGAUCACACUCUCUACAGCUCAGGAUUCUCCCACACUUCCUCAUUCUUUAUACUCGUCCUCUCCGUUAUCAUAGCCCAUUAUUCUGCUCUGCUAUAUUAGAAAAAACAAAACCACGUGUCCCAAUCCUGUUGACCUUGUCCUUCUAUUUAUCUAACCACGAGCACCUUGUGUCCUUACAUUCUGUGCCCUUUUCUUGAACCCUCUGGAGCCUUACAUGAAACCACAGAGCCUAUUAUUUAUAAUGUUCCUCACUCAUAACUCAACAGCAGCCCCGUUUUCCACGUUGAGCAUCUCUGGUUCUUCCUCAUACAUGGUUUCCGCUCUUCUUCACCAGCCUGCCCCCCGAUACAGCUAUUGUUUAUUCGAACACACUACUGUUAAAACCAACAGAUGGUGUAUGUUUUUCUGUUCUUUAUUCUCUUUUUUUGGACCUGUCUAAAGCCUUUUCUCUUGUUAACUAUGUCUGUCAGUCAUUUUACAUUAGAUAAAGCAUUGUUUUUAACAUAUGUGACACCAACAUUAGGUGAACACGAUUUGAAAGUUCUCGCUUAUUGAUUUGCAUUUAAUGGCAUUACAUAUUACCUGAACAUUUUCUUUGGUUAUCUUAUUCGUAUGUCAUAUUUAUUCUGUGGAGAUGUAUCCAUACUGCCGAAGAAUCAUAGCAUUUAAAGUCUGUUACUGUAUAUGCGCUCUGGAUGAUUCCUUUGUCUUUUCUUAAUUCAACACAAGAAGUAUGCUUUUGAUUUUCUUAUGAUAUGCUUUGUGUAUCGUGUUAAAGAAAGAGCAAAAGUUCUUGUGUUGAUCAGAGUGUGUGAUUUUUAGACAGGUCUACUGUACUGCUGCAUUAGGGGGUUGUGUUGGUGAAUACAAUAUUUUGUAGGAAAACAAAACAUGAGAAGAUGAGUAAAUGGAAGUUCUAUUUGAAGCGCACAUGAUGCUGUCAAUGCAAAGAUGUAAUAAAAGGA